CCCGCCUCCCAGCCGGCCCCCCCUGCCCUGAGGGAGGCGGGCGGCCGCCGCACCUGGCGCCCUCUGCCCGGGGAGGAGCACCGCGCCGUCCCGGACCCCGCGGCACCGGCCGGCCAGCAGGACAUAGACUUUGGCUGUAUUUUUCAUAACUGCGUGAAGCUAGAGAUCUUAACUGAUGCCUGUGCCGCCACCGCCACCACCACCUCCCCCUCCACCACCGCCUUCUGGAGGGCCCCCUCCACCACCACCUCUGGCGAGUUCAGAGGUACCAAAACUGCGAAAGGAAGACCAAAAAGCACGAAAUGCGCUCUUAGCUGAUAUCCAGCAGGGAACUCGCUUAAGAAAAGUGACUCAAAUCAACGAUCGCAGUGCACCACAGAUUGAAAAACCCAAAGGAACUGACAGAGAUGGAGUUAAUCCGGUCACUAAUAAAGGCGGCUCUCAGCAGCCUCUGGGAGGUUUAUUUGCUGGUGGCUUUCCUGUUCUCAGACCGGCAGGCCAGAGAGACAUGGCAGGUGGGAGGACCGGGCAGCUUGCUGGGGUCCGAGCAGCCGCUCCCAAGCCCUCCGCCGCACCCAGCAGCAGCGCCGCAAAGCCGAGCAGUAACGCGCCGCACCCCGCCGACGGACCGAGGGCAGCUGCCCCGCCGGAGCCCCCCGGCACCGCCCGGGCCGGCCCCGGCCCCGGCCCCGGCCCCGGCCGGCCCAGCCUGCCCGCUCCCCCGCCCCCGCCCCCCGCUGCCAGCAAACCUUCCCUCACUUUCCCCCCGCCCCCCCCUCUCCCCCCUCCAGCCGAGCGCCCUGCCAAGGGGGGGUCCCCCAGCGCUGCUCCUCCGCUCCCCCCUCCUCAGGCUGACAAGCUCACCAAGUUUCAAGCGGGCGCUCCCCCCCCCCCCCCCCCUCCCCCUCCCCUGCCCCUCGUGCCCCCCUGCGGGUUCCCUCCAUCGGAAGGGAGGGACUGCCCCCCCCCCCACCCCGCCCCCCCCCCGCCCCCUCCCCAGCCACUCCCGCACCCCCAGAGCUCCAACAGGCUCUCCUUCCCACCCUCCCCCGCCUUCAGCAGCGCUGACGUGCCGCCCCCGCUGCCCCCCAAGUCUCCCCACCUGCUGUCGCAGCUCCAUAAGCCCAGCAGCAUUCAGUCGCUGCCGCUCCCUCCCACCCCCGGCCUGCCGCAGCCCCCCGCCCUGGCGGAGCCCAGGAAGAGGAGACCCUGCCGGGGCGCAGGAACUGGUGCUGGGAAGCUAGUCACACCUCCGCAGCCACCAGCAAGAUCACCAACAACUGAACUUACGAGCAAGUCUGGAGCCUCAGCCUGGGCUACGGCUCAUGACCCCUACCCACCACUGAAAAAUGGAAAUAUGCACAUCAUUGAUGACUUUGAAUCUAAAUUUACUUUCCAUUCUGUGGAAGAUUUCCCCCCGCCUGAUGAAUUCAAGCCAUUUCAGAAAAUAUAUCCCAGCAAGAUAGCUAGAGAUCCCUCUAAAAAUCCUCCGUUAAGAACACAUGUGAGAUAAGAAGAGUCUCCUGGUGCUCUGGAUUAGUAUUAAAAAAGAACAACACCAAGAUACUAUACAAAACAGAAGGGGUCCCCAUUACGGUGAUAAUGACUAUAUUUGAAUUGCAAAUGCUGCAACGUUAACAUUUCUAUAAACUGGAAAAGUGACAUAAACGAUACUUUUUGAACUGGCCUACAUACUACAGGAAUGUUAGUAGAGGCUUUUAAAUUAUUGUAUAUAGGUGGGGGUUUUUAAGCAAAGCAGCAUAAAAUUUAAAUUCUUUGUAGUGUUGAAACAAUUCUCAUUCUCAUCGUGCUGACAGAUGUUACCUCAGAAUACUUUUCGCAUUGUGUGCCUGUAGUUAAUUUUCCCCCUUCUGUCAUAAUUUUUAAAUAUUUUGGAAAUUCUCCAGUUCAGACAUUUUUCAAAGAACUAUCAAACCCCAACAUGCUACCUUUAGUGUCUGUGUAUGUUUCUUCACUACUUCUACCCUGCCUGUCCUCAGAUUGCAGCAGAACGUCACUUUCACGAACAGAUGGGCCCACAAUCCUUUUCUCAUCAAGCGUGAAGGGGAAAGAGAUGACAAGGAGCUGUGGCUGCUGUUGAGCCUACCUCCUGCUGCUUACAGAUCGUACAGGAUCUGAAGAAGCCCAGCUGGAUUGGGCAGUCACGGACUCGACAAAGAUGACAGAACUUUUCCAAACUGGAGGACAAGACAGUUGUUCUACUGUAAGAAAAAACGGGAGUGUGUGAAUACACAUGCCAGAAGGUACCUACGUAAGGGCACACGUGCUGUUUCUUCUAGCUGGCAAAGUGGGUAUUUACCAUUUGUGUGACAGAUUGUUUUUACCCAGCAAUGAGGAGGCCUUUGGACGACGGGUUAAACACCCAUGUUUUAAACAGGCAACUAGAGCUACUGUUGUUAGCCCGUAAUGUGGUGAACAGUGAGGCUCCAUUGUCCAAAAUACACCAAAUGGAACAAGCAGUCUACAAAGUGGACUCCCUCUAUAAAUAGAGUUAGUUGAUAAAAGUAAGAACAGUGGACAAGACUUGAGCUUCUGCUUUUAAUAUGCAGCCUGGGCUAAGGUCUUUGGAUCACAGAUGUUCAGCUCUGGUCACAAGAUGUCCAUUUCCAGCAAGAAUUACCUUUAUUCUUGUGCAUUUCAGUGCAUUAAGGGAAGUGGUGUCAGCAGGCUGAGGGAGGUGAUCCUUCCCUGCUGCUCAGCGCUGGCGAGGCCACACCUGGGGUGCUGUGUCCAGUGCUGGGCUCCCCAUGGACGUGCCGGAGGGAGUCCAGCAAAGGUCCACUGAGAUGGUGCAGGGACUGGAGCGUCUCUCCUGUGAGGCAGGGCUGCGAGCUGGGACUGUUCAGCCUGGAGAAGAGAAGGCUCAGGGGGGUCUCACCGAUGUGUGUCAACACCUGAAGGGAGGGUGCAAUGAGGAUGGAGCCAGGCUCUCUUCAGUGGCGCCCAGUGACGUGACCAAUGGCAACGGGCACAAAAAUGAAACACAGGAGGCUCGGUCUGAACUUCAGGAAACACUUUUCCACUGUGAAAAGUGACCAAGCACUGGCACAGUGGAACGCUGUGGAGUCUGACUCUACUUAGAUAUGAAAAAGCCGCUGGAUGUAGGUGGCCCUGCUUAAUCCAGGGGGUCGGAUCAGAUGACUUCCAGCCACCCCUUCCAACUUUAACCGGUCUUUGAUUCCCCUUCUUACAGCUUUCCUGGGUUCCUGCACUUGGGUCACAACAACCCUGCGCAAUGCUACAGGCCUGGGGCAGAGUGGCCGGAAGGCUGCCCAGCAGUGUGCCCGGGUGGCCAAGAGCAUCCUGGCUUGGAUCCAAAAUAGCGUGGCCAGCAGGACCAGGGCAGCGACCGUCCCCCUGUAAGGCACUGGUGAGGCCGCCCCUUGAACAGUGUGUGCAGGUUUGGGCCCCUCACUGCAAGACAGACCCUGAGGUGGGAGCGUGUCCAGGGAAGGGCAGCGAAGCUGGUGACGGGUCUGGAGCACAAGGCGCAUGAGGAGCAGCUGAGGGAACUGGGGGUGUUUAGCCUGGAGAACAGGAGGCUCAGGGGGGACCUUAUCGCUCUCUACAGCCACCUGAAAGGAAGUUUUAGUAAGCCAGGGUGUCAGUCUCUGCUGCCAGGCGAGAAGCAGAUAGGACAAGAGGGAACAGCCUCAAGUUGCACCGGGGGAGGUUCAGGUUGGCUAUUAAGAAAAAUGUCUUCCCUGAAAGGGCUGUCAAGCCCUGGAACGGGCUGCACAGGGCAGCGGUGGAGUCACCAUCCCUGGAGGUAUUUAAAGACCUGUAGGUGUGGCACUUAAUGACAUGGUUUAGGUUAACCAUUGGAACUGAUGACCUUCAAGGUCUUUUCCAACCUAAGCAAUUCUGAUUCACCAGCUUGAACAGGGCAGUGGUGUUCUGGGGCGAGCCUGGUGCUAACAGCCAAGCUAUUUACAGUUACAGCAUUACCUUACAUAAUGGCCAUAAACUCCCCUCAGCUGCAGCUGCAAUGACAUUUCAGAUCACAGGUGAAGAUCUUUCCCCACGGUUAUGCCUUUGAACAAAACUUUUGGAAAAUACAGCUAACUGCAUCUUCACGCAUUGCUACUUUUCUCUUGGUUCUUGCAAUAGUUCAGUUACGGGGCAACUCCUACUCCCACACACAUGCUCAUGGUGUGGAGGUGGUGCAAGACUGAGCAGCUCUUCAUCUGUAGGACUAAGAAAGCAUCAUUAGUCUUUUUCCAGCCUAUUAUGACGCCUUGCUGUAUGUCACGUGAAAAGGAAAAAAAUAAAAUAGUGAUGCUUUGACCAGUACUUACUGCAAUUCUUAUACUUGAUAAAUAUGCAUGAAUAUAUUAAUAAGCAGGGGUCAGCAUAUACAUGCUUCUCAAACAACUGGAAAAGUUUAAUACUGCUUUGAAUAAUAUUUUGUUAUAGUGCUAUUAAAGGUGACUUACUGUUGGUUCUCAUUUGCUCUGGAACUUGUGUAUUGCUCUGUAAUAAGUACCUUCAUACCGAUUUUAAAACUACUUAAUGCCAGACUACCUUCCAGAAGAUAUCUAAAGGAGAAAAAAAAUUUACUCCUGUUUUUGUUACGAUUAGGGGUAUUUUAGAAGCAAACACCAUCUUUCGAGGAUCACAUCAGAAAGACUGUGCAUAUUUGCAAGCAUCGGUGAGAUGUUAUUUCCCUAUAUACUGGAUUGUUGUUCAAGAUCCAUUGACGCUUCUGAGGUUGCUAUGACGUGGGGAUAAGAGAGAAUCGCACUGGCUGUCUCCCAGUGGCAGCUGUCCCAUUAGUCCCACUAUGUCCUUCCACUGAACCACAGACGUGCGCAAGACCACUGGAAGCUUUAAGGCCAUGGGGGUGCUCUGGUUUCUAAAACGGGUAGGACUAGUCGUUGCACUCAAACAUGUUGCUGUAGCGCAGUAUUUUAUUUAUUUUUUUUUUCCAAAAACGCACUGCCCAGCUGAAGUAAAAGCAACAUAGUAUUAUAAAACUACUACCUGGAUCACUGUGCUCAAAACAAUUUAUUAGUUGUGUCAUAUAAGCAGUUUCAAAUAAGGACAUAAAUUUGCAUCGGAUAACUGCAAAUGUUGGUUUCUUCUUUCUUAAAAAACAGGCAAACACGACAUAUGUUUUUAGCAGGAACACCCUCUUCUCUCAUCUUGCCUCCCUCCCAACUCUCAAAGCUUAGAGAUCAGAGCUGUGCAGAAGAGCUAUGUGAAGUGGUAUAUCCUAAUUUUAGCCCUCUGGAUGGGGCAAUCAUUUUACCCCUGUUCUCCCCUGGCUCGCAAAUAUCCACUUACUCCUACUGGGAUACAAAGCGCUCAGCAAGCAACAGCUCACAGGAGCAGUUUUGAAGUUCAACCCUGUGCGUUAAGUGUACUCUGAUCAGAAGUACUUUCAUUCAAAGUACCCUUUCCUUCAUAAAGUGCAUUUCUUGGGAAACCCAUUUACUUCAGUUGUGGGUGGCUGGCCAAAGCACACUGCUCUUUCAACUGGCUUCAUCCAGCACAGCACCCUCUGAAAUGUGCUCCUUGCAGUCCCUAUCCUGGCUAGGUAGAGAGAAGCUAAGUUUUAGGGUUUACUUGCCUAUUUUCUCCUUCCCUUGUCUCCAGUUUCAGAACACCUAGACACAGGAGCCGUUCUUGCAAUAGAGAGCAUGGGAGGAGCAUAUUGUGAAGGGGAAGAUUAUUAGGUAGGCCAUAAGAGAAAAUAUCUUCACUCUUGUUUUCUGUAAGUGAAAAGGCCCAAACAUUUUCUUGUCUAAUUGCCAGUUGUCAUAUAAGGCAAUACCAAAGUAAUGAGUCUGAAUGGAACAAUUUCAUAAAAAAAAAUAAUUCUGAGAAUGCACUGUGCCAAUACGGCAAAGACUGUUCGCUAAUGCACAACACUUUACCAUUUCAGUUUGGGGUGUUGCUGCCUUUAAGGAGCUUUUAUUUCCUCAAUACCAAAGUCCACGGUUCCUCACCUUCCCCUUCCCUGAACAGUGAAGGAUUUUAACUCCAUAUGCUAACUUCCACUUAAGGACAUGGGUUUCUUGUCUGAACCUCCUGUUAAAAAAACCAAACACAACCACCUUCUAACGACACAGGAAGCAGUGUUUACUGGUUUGAUUCUUAAAAUGUUUGCCCUACCUCACUUCUACAAGAAGAA